AUACCAAAGGAGUCUAUCAUUUUUGAAUCAGACCUCGCUGUCGAUAUAUCUGAAAUUCAGACAAAAAAUUGCUUUUUAUCAACUGGCAUUGCGACUCUUUCACCAGAUAAUGUCGGAGCAUCACCGCAGACUAUUGGCUUAUCCGACUCUCUCGGACUUGCUGAGUUAACUGGCCUCUCCGGUUCCCAUCAUCCUCCAACACUUGCUCUAACCACUUCAAGCCUAUGUGAAGUCAUGCCCUGCUUGGAGCCUUUACCUAUAUCUUCCCAACUAUUUUCAGAGUGUACACAAGCAAACAAAUUUUUCGAAACCUCGGAGUUAAAUGAUUCUAUUGCGUGUGCAUCCUACGAAAAUAAAUCCGCAGACACAUCUUUCACGCCUAUUGAUUCUUUACAGAUUGCUCCGUUGUAUGCACCAUCUAGUGUACCUUCGCAUCUCCAUGAAGAAGCAAGCGGGUUAUGCAGGGGGGUGAAAAUGAAGCAUGUCUUCUCUGAUCUAUACGAAACCACGAAGGAUAAUUUUGCCUCAAUUGCCUCGUCCAUGUAUUCAAGUAUUACUAGUUUAUCGCAAGAGCGCACAACAGCCUGUUUAGCUACUCGAUUGUCAGAUUUUGCUUCACCAGACAAUGGCCCCUCUGUUCAGAUAGAGGAUGAUGAGACCUUAGAGGACGAGACUCUUUACGUUGAUGAUAUGCUGGCUGAUGUCGCAGACACUUCUUCAGGCCUUUCUGUGAAUCAGCCUGCACUUCCUAUAUUCCCUUUACCAGAAGAUAACACAUCUAUUGGAAACACCUUUAAUAAUAUUCGUCCACAAAUGUCAGGAAGCCAAGUAACUUUUGAUGAUAAGUCUCCGAUAGCUUUAGCUUCGAUUCUUGAAUCUACAUCCGUGAAUCAUCCUAAGGGUAAUUAUAUAUAA